GGCCAGGUUUGAUUGUGCUCAGUAACACCAGGGGUCUGAGCCCAGCAGGAGCCCCUUGCUGGCAGCUCUGCCCUCUCCACAGUGUACCUCGAGUGAGAAGGGACCCAUCAAGUCCAGCUCCUGCUCCUUCCAGGAGCCAAAACUAACCCGUGUGACUAAGACAGAGUCCUUCCAGCCCAAGGGCUUGUCAUUGGCCAAGGGUGGUGUGGAGAGCACAGGUUUUGGAGCAGAGGUGAGUUUUCUUUCCAGCACUAAUGAGAAAUGUAAGCAAAAGGACUGGAGGCAGGAGCAGGGCAGCAAACAGAGUUUUGUGCUCCCCUGAGACCACUGCCACGGGCAGCUGAGGGUGUAACACCCAGCGAAAUCACCUCACAGGAUGUUAUGGAUCAGCUGCCUGCCUUUGGGACAGCACUGGUCAGAAACUGCAGCUCUUUGUGCUGAGGAUGAGCUGCAUCUGCUGGGAAGCAGCAGAAAGGAACCCAUGCCCAGACAGGAGCAGGUUUGCAGUGUUUGCAGUGCACACAGAGCCUGGCUCUUUGCACAGGUUCCAAUGCAGCAGCUCUCACCUGGAGUUUUACCUGUUUGUGAUCUGAUACAUUGUGCACACAGUGCUUUCCACGUGCAGCAAGGGCAGGAGCGGGGUUGGGGAUGUGCUGGCUCCGUCCCACCGCGAUGGUUGAAGCCUCUUCUGUGGUGGGUCAAAAAAAAAGAAAAAAGCCAUUUCCAUAGCAGAAGCAGAGAGAACUUUUCAUCUCGUCCGCACGACAGGAAAGUUGGCAACUUAAAUGUUAAACUUGCCUGUGACUGCUGGGUGUUGACAUCAUGGUGAUCUCACCGGUGUAACCGGAGCCCUCCAGCUUUUCCUCCAGCCUGCCUUUAAAUACCAGUGCUGGAGCCAGCACAGCACCCAUUCCCCGGGCUGGAGCGCAGGGCAGCACCCGCUAGAUGAAAGCAAAGCCGAGCUCCAGCCCUGCAGCCAUGUCCACGUCCCUGCGGGUGAGCCCCUCGGUCCACGGCUACCGCUUCGACACCGCCCUGCGCAAGAAAGCCGCGGCCAACAUCUUCGAGAGCAUCAACGAGGCGGCCCUGCAGAAACUCUUCAGAAACUCCGGGGACAAGAAGGCGGAGGAGAGAGCCAAGAUAAUCCUCGCCACCGACCAGGACAUGGAGGAAAAAACGAGAGCGCUAAUGGCACUGAAGCAGAGGAGAAAAGACAAACUGCUCCAGUUCCUGACAUUUCGGAAAUACUCCAUCAAAGUUCCCUGAGCUGGCGGAGAGAGCAGAAAUGGAGAACAUUCUGUGACGGGACUUUGUGACCUCCUACCGCACUCAGCAUGCUCCGCUGCCCCGUGGGGACGUGACAGUGCCCGCACAGGGCACAGCCCCACGGCAAACUGCGAGCCCGCAGCGGCACCGGUGCCCACGGCAGCGCUGGUGUGGCCAGCAGGAUCAUGCCCACGGCACAUGGGUGAGGACACCAGGAUCAUGCCCACGGCACAUGGGUGAGGACACCAGGAUCAUGCCCGUGGCACAUGGGUGAGGACACCAGGAUCGGUGCCCGUGGCACAGCUCGGUGCCCGUGGCACACCGGCGUGGCCAGCAGUCCG